AUGGAGAGCGGAUUAUGGACUUGCCAGGCUUUAUGGGCGUCGGCCAUCUACGAUAUCCUACAAUGGGAACAGCCUCUCGGUCUGAAGCACAACCUCUGUUCGUCAACUCACCAUUCAACCGACUCCAAAGCGCGAGCAGACAACGGAAAUCUCUUAAACUCAGUUUCGCUCAAGAAAUUUCUGGAUCAAGAAGCACACCGUCACAUCAAUACAGAUUCGGAUUCGGAAAUCCUUCCUAAUUAUUUUGCAUCUGAGCUAAAUGAGAGCGGGAAAGCUAGAGUCAACGCGGAAGAUUGCUUUAAGAGUUUGGAGAGAACAUACAAGAAAUGCGAAGGUAGUUGGGCGUGUACAGCGAUGAUUGCAGGAUUGGGGCUCAUCGGCUUCCGGGAUCCCUACGGCAUCAGACCCAUAGUCAUUGGCUCGCGGACGGUUGAAGGCGGCACAGAUUACAUGAUUGCUUCAGAAAGCGUAGCAUUGCAGUUUUUGGGAUGCCGUCUUGAAGACAUUCGAGAUCCCUUGCCCGGCGAGGCCGUGAUUAUCGUCAAAGGUUCGGAGCCAGUGUUUCGGCAAGUGCAACCUAAGGCGAAUUACACUCCUGAUAUCUUUGAGGUAGGCCGCCUUUUCGCACACGGUAUCAGUGUGGAAAAUGCUCGAUUCAAGAUGGGCGAGAAGCUAGCCGCAACCAUCAAGAAGGAGCUGGGGCCUGAAAGACUCGCGCAGGUAGACGUUGUUAUCCCAAUACCGGAGACCUCAAAUACGUCUGCUUGUGCCGUGGCGAAGCACUUGAAGAAAGAGCUUGCAAGUGGCUUCGUAAAGAACCGUUACAUAUUUAGGACAUUCUUGAUGAGCUCACAACGACUCCGCAGGUCAGGCGUGCGAAGAAAACUCCACGCGAUGUCCGCCGAGUUCAAGGACAAAACCGUGCUCCUCGUCGACGAUAGUAUCGUUAGAGGUAAUACCAGUCUCGAGAUCUGCUUAAUGGCGCGGGAAGCAGGCGCAAAGUCUAUCAUCUUCCCGUCUGCUUCGCCUCCGGUUCGGCAUAGUCAUAUCUACGGGGUCGAUCUCGCAUCUGCGGACGAGUUGAUUGCAUACUCCAAGACUCCGGCGGAGAUUGCUGUAGCAAUUGGCGCGGACACGGUUAUCUACCAGACUCUCCCUGAUCUUGAGGCUGCGUGCGCAGAACUCUCGCCACGAGGUAUAGAUUGCUAUUUCGAAUCUGGCGUUUUCUCGGGCUGCUACGUAACCGGCGUUCCCGAGGGUCACUUCGAGCACCUCGAGCGGGUUCGCGGUCGAAACAAAAAACCUAAGAUUCUGGAGGCAGCGAGACGUACUAUCGGCGAUACAAGCACGGAUGAAGACUUGAGCCAAGCCGUAGCAGGGGUAGAGCUGGGGUCGACGCAGUCUCCGAUUGCUUCGUACAGCCAGGACAUUAGCUUGCAUGACUUUAACGACUACGCAUUACCGGAAUAUUGA